GGGUGCAUUGGUUGGACGGGUAGCAGGACAGCUGAAAUGAAGAGCGAGAGCUGUAGUGUGCAGGGGUGUGUGUGUAUGCGAGUAGAUAUAAUAUCACAUACCUGUCCCUGUCACUCUGGCUCUCCUUGCAGCUCUCGGAAUUAAAUCGAGUUAUCUUUUUCACAGCCGAAACUAAAAAAAACCUUAAACUUUCUUUAGCGAUGGGUUUAGUUUAACACGAUUUAAGCCGUUUGUGAGUAUUGUUUUGCGUGAUUUAAUUGAGAAACCGACAGAGUUCCUGUGAACCCUGACAACGUUUGCCUAUACUGGACAAAUUGGUUUCUUUUAUUUCUUUCUUUUCCGUCUGAAUUUAUGCCUACAUUUUUGUGAUCUCCGCUGAGGAAGUUGUUUGCGAGGCUUGUUUAAAUCGCUUGCGUUAUCCAUGACCUCUAUGAAGGAUCCGUUGAGUUUGGACCACCAUCACCACAAUCACCACAUAAACGGGAGUAAACAAACGACGCUUACGAUGGCCUCUAGUCUGCAGCCGCUUCAGCGGUCUGUGGACUCGAAACACAGGCUGGAGGUACACACAGUAUCAGACACCUCCAGUCCAGAGUCCGUAGAGAAAGAAAAGGGACAGAGUAAAAAUGAAGAUUCGACCGAUGACCCAUCGAAAAAGAAGAGACAGAGGCGGCAACGAACGCAUUUUACCAGCCAACAGCUCCAAGAACUGGAGGCCACUUUUCAGCGGAACCGCUACCCGGAUAUGUCCACUAGAGAGGAAAUCGCCGUCUGGACAAAUUUAACCGAGGCCCGAGUCAGGGUAUGGUUCAAGAACCGACGGGCAAAAUGGAGAAAAAGGGAGAGGAACCAACAGGCAGAGCUGUGUAAAAACGGUUUCGGUCCGCAAUUUAAUGGACUUAUGCAGCCCUACGAUGACAUGUAUCCCAGCUAUACGUACAACAACUGGGCUGCAAAGGGGCUCACAUCGGCAUCUCUGUCUACCAAAAGCUUCCCGUUUUUCAAUUCCAUGAACGUAAAUCCGCUGUCGUCUCAAACCAUGUUCUCCCCACCCAACUCCAUUUCUUCAAUGAGUAUGUCCUCCAGUAUGGUUCCGUCUGCUGUCACCGGGGUACCCGGAUCAAGCUUAAACAGCCUCAAUAACUUGAAUAACCUCAGCAACCCCUCUCUAAAUUCUGGAGUUCCUACGCCGGCGUGUCCUUACGCCCCACCGACACCUCCAUAUGUUUACCGGGACACUUGUAACUCCAGUCUUGCCAGUCUGAGACUGAAAGCUAAGCAGCACUCGAGUUUUGGAUACGCAAGUGUGCAGAACCCGGCCUCCAAUCUUAGCGCUUGCCAGUACGCAGUGGAUAGACCGGUGUAAGAGACGACUGUAAAGUUUACAAUCUCGAACCACGGGAACGAGAGACUACAUUUUUUGUUUUUGUUUAAAGGGCACUACAAAAAUAAACCACUGAAAAACGUCAAAUCCUGUGAUGGAAUGUCAAGCAGAAACGGAAGCAAUCAUCCAGUUUCUAAUAAGAAUCGUGCUUUGCGCUAGCAAGUGUACGCUAGCCAGUGUAGACCUUAUGAUAAUAUUUAAAAAAACACUCGUUUAUUUUGACAUUUUAAUUUUUUGGACAUUAAUUGACUGAAUGGUUGUAUAUAGGCUAUAUAUAUAUAUAUCUUAAUAUCAUCUCCAAUUUGUAGAGGCGAAAACUCUGACUCUUUAGCAUUUUCAAAAAAUCUGUUUAACACAGCAUGUGGAAAAAAACGUACAGGAAUUAUGUCUUGCUUGCGAACAAGGGAAUGUACAUACUAAACGCACCAGUCGUGUGUUAUAUUAAAAAUUUAUUAAUAAAUGUCUGUGUGAAUAUAGAUCUAGAAUAGAAACCCUGGGUAUUAAUACGCAAAUGUUUCUGAGAAAUGAACUUGGUUUUACUCUGUGUAUACUAUUUGGUACGAAUUUUUGUUUCGUUUUUCAACAUCCCAAAAAUAAACUAUUGUGUUUUAUUUAAUGGAAGUAAAUAUAUUGUUCUAAAACAUUACAAAACGUUUUCUUGACAAUUAUUGAAUUCGCAUAAGUUUGCCUACUGUAGUUAGGUAGCUUUUAAGAGAAGAGCACAUUGUUGGUUUGUGAGUUUGGGCACUCCUAUAAGUUUAUAUAGGGAGAGGGAACAUGGUAUCUAAUACACAUAAGAAGUUCGGGCAGGAGGGCGAGAUGUCCCGACUAGAUUAAGGGUCGAAUAUACAAGACUGACAACCAGACUGAGACUAGGCCUGAUCACCGACGCUUGAAAUAACAUUGCAAUAGGAUCGGGGAAGACAGGAUCCCACAACACUAAGACAUCUCAACUUGUUUUAAGCAAUUUAAAAAUAAAUAAUAUAUGGCUAUCCAGCAUUAUAUUAGACAUUAUCGUGUGGGGAAAAAAGUUCAUAUGCUCAAAAAAAUAAAGGUUACUUAAAAAAAGAACCACUCCACUGUGCAAAUAAUAUUGUGCAUUAUUAUCGGGUUGACUGUAUCGCUGUUUUUGCAUUUAAUUAAACUGACAGUGUCAAUUCACUGACUGUUUGUAAACAAAAGGCAGCUCGCAACAUCAAAUGAAUCUAUUAAAAUGCUUAACAAUAAACAAAGAGUCAGUGUGAAAGAUGGGAGUGAAAUGACCCGUGUCAGGCUAAUACUGUAUAACAUAAUUGCAAUUGAA